AUGGCGGUCGAAAAUACGCAGAAACGCCACCGUGCCUCGGGUUUCCGAAGGGUACGCGACCAGCGAGACUUGAAGCCUUACGUAAAUGCCCAGCCUGCUGGGCGAAGAGGGGACGCAAACGGACAGUUCUUGUCGCCUUUGAGACAACUUACCACGGACAUCACGGACACGUAUCAUAUUUGUAACCCUCAAUUCCAUUAUGAAUCUGCAAGCAACCCCCGGCGUGUCCUCACGAAGCCGAGCAAGCCGAUGCACAAUGACGGGUUCGACAAUGAGGAUUAUGAUUAUAUCCUCUAUGUGAAUGACUGGUUGGGCUCGGAGCAAAACAACAGGUACCUUAUCUUAGAUGUCUUGGGUCAAGGCACGUUCGGGCAGGUAGUGAAAUGCCAGAAUAUGAAGACCCAUGAAAUUGUGGCCGUGAAGGUUGUGAAAAAUAAACCAGCAUACUUCAAUCAAAGUAUGAUGGAGGUGACAAUACUAGAGCUGCUCAACAAUCAGUGCGAUCCUACUGACGAGCACCAUAUCCUACGAUUACGAGACUCGUUCAUCCAUAAGAAUCACCUGUGUCUUGUUUUCGAACUCCUUUCCUCUAACCUUUACGAACUUAUCAAACAAAAUCAGUUCCAAGGUCUGAGCACUCAACUUGUGAAGGUUUUCACAGCCCAGCUCCUCGACGCACUGAGUGUACUGAAGGAUGCUCGACUCAUACAUUGCGACUUGAAGCCCGAAAACAUUUUGUUGAAAUCACUGCAGUCGCCUACUAUUAAGGUUAUUGACUUCGGUUCGGCUUGCCACGAACGGCAGACUGUGUACACGUACAUCCAGUCUCGAUUCUACCGCUCACCGGAAGUGUUGCUUGGAAUCCCGUAUAAUACGGCAAUUGACAUGUGGUCCCUGGGGUGCAUUGCUGUAGAGCUCUUCUUGGGGCUGCCGUUGUUCCCGGGAACUAGCGAAUACAACCAGAUCACCCGAAUCGUGGAGAUGCUUGGUCUUCCGCCAACAUAUAUGUUAGAAAUCGGCAAACAAUCAGGUCACUUUUUCGAUUCGUAUAUCGAUCAUUACGGACAGAAGAAGUACCGUCUCAAGAGUAUCGAGCAGUACUCGAGGGAGCGGAACACUCAGGAGCAGCCAGGCAAACAAUAUUUCAAAGCGACUACUCUUCCGGAUAUAAUUAAUGGCGCACCGAUGCCGAACUUUAAGAGCUCAUCGAAGUCCGGACAUGAGGUCGAGAAAGAACUGAUGAAUCGUGCUGCGUUUAUCGAUUUCUGUCAGGGUUUGCUAAACUUGGAUCCUAUGCAACGAUGGACUCCGCAACAGGCUCGGAUGCAUCCAUUUAUCACGGGUGAGAAGUACACUAGGCCCUUCGUAGUACGUCAUCCCCGUUUGUCGCCAUAA